GAAGGUUUUGAAGGAAGGAAGUAGAGCAGAUAGACAAGGCAGAAGGUUCUCUCUCGCGUCACACACAUGAGUCUUCUUCACGGGGAUCUGGAAGUUGAGGUCGUCGGGGCAUCGAACCUCUCCGACGCCGACAGGGCUCUGUUCAACGUGGUCGGGGGAGACACCACGGACUGCUAUGUGGAGGUGAAGCUGGCCGGGCAGAGCAUCCUUGUGACCAGCGUUCGCAACAAUGUGAUCAAGACGCGGUGGGGCGAACACGUGUCCCUUCCGGUGUGCCACGUGGCUGACCACCUCGACAUCACUGUGUGGGACAAAGAUUAUUUGUGGUCUGACGUCGUGGGGCGUGGGAAGCUGCGGCUGGGCGACCCAUCCAGGGCGUGGACCAAGGAUGGCCCGGUGUUCCUGGAGGGCGGGAAGGGAAGGAUCCACAUGAAGCUGAGGUUCACCCCAGCGGCGCUCGCGGCGGAGAUGGGAAUGGAAGUGCCUAGAACCUACUUCCCGAUGAGGAAGGGCGGCUCCCUAGCGCUCUACCAGGACGGCCAUGCCACGCCCCUGCCUGGCCUGACGGAGGAGGCGGAGGGCGCCUUUCAAGCCAUCGCCAAGACCAUCAGGCAAGCCAAGAAGUUCAUCUACAUCACAGGCUGGAGCGUCUGGACUGGGAUGAAACUGGAGCGAGACAGGGAGGAAACUCUAGGGGAGCUCCUGAAGCGUAAAGCGGCUGAGGGCGUCCGGGUCCUCUUGCUGAUCUGGGACGAGAAAUUCUCGAGCGUCCUUUGCGCGGGGCUGUUGGGCACGCACGACAAGGCCACCGAGAGCUACUUCGAGGGCUCCGGCGUGCGCGUGGCGAUGGUGCGGCGACAGAAGAGCUCCGUGCACGCAGUGAGGGAGGAGCUCGUGGAGGCGCUAUGGACGCACCACCAGAAAGUAGUGGUAGCAGACGAGGAGGACGGCCUCGUGGCGUACCUGGGCGGCCUGGACAUGACCAACGGCCGUUGGGACACGCCAGAACAUCCGCUGUUCUCCACGCUUAAUGCGGAGCACAAGGGGGACUUCCACAACGGUUUCGUUGAUGUCUCCGCCCAAGAAGGCCCCCGUGAACCCUGGCAUGACGUCCACGCCCGCGUCACAGGUCCCGUCACCCUCGACCUCCUCAGGAGCUUCGAGGAGCGAUGGAGGAGGCAGGUCCCGGACGAGGCCCACCUCCUGCUGCCGGCGCUACGACCAGCAGUCACGCCAGUGAGCGAGAGCGACCAAGAAGGCACUUGGCAGAUGCAGGUGGUAAGAUCCAUCGAUGCCAACUCGACAACCUUUAGCAGUGGUCGUUCCGGCGUGCUGGACUCGUAUGAUGGACGCACAGUGGACACCAGCCUUCACAGGGCCAUCGUGAGGCUCAUCCGAAGGGCCGAGAAUUUUCUAUACAUCGAGAGCCAGUACUUCAUCGGGUCUUCACAAGCCUGGGAAGAGGACCAAGAUGUGAAUGCCUUGAACCUGAUACCACUGGAGAUUGUGCAACGCGUGGUGAGCAAGAUCAGGCAAGGGAAAGGAUUCAGGGUAUACCUCGUGCUGCCGAUGCUCCCCGAAGGAAACCCUGAGAAUAGGAUUCACAAGGGAAGCAUGAACGCGAUCCUUCGGUGGCAGUUCAGAACGCUCCAGAUGAUGUACAAGCGGAUUGCAGAGGCCCUCGUCGCCGUCGGCUCCAAGGCUCACCCGACGGACUACCUGGUCCCCCUCUGCCUCGCCAAGCAAGAGCCGCGCUCACCGCGGUCCGCGAACGUGGCGGCGGCUGAGCUGGACGGCGCCGGGCAGCGGUGGCGCGAGCAACGCAGCUUCCUGAUCUACGUGCACUCCAAGAUGGCGGUGGCCGACGACGCCCACGUGCUGGUGGGCUCGGCGAACCUGAACGAGCGCUCGCUGGACGGCCGGAGGGACACCGAGGUGGCCGUGGCGGCGUGCCAGACGAGGCAGGAUGGACGCGGCGGUGAGGUCGCGGUCCAGGACGGCGCGGUUCGGGCGUUCCGAAAGGCGUUGUGGGCCGAGCACACCUGGGGGCUCUCGGAGGAGGAGGAGGCCCUCGGCGACCCGGGCUCCCUGCGCGCCGUCAGAAGGAUCAGGCAGCUAGCCGACGCCGCGCUCCAGAGCUUCGCCAAGGGGGACGUCAAGGGGCAUCGCAGUCGCUUCCUCAGUUACCCUCUGGCAGUGGCGCAGGACGGCGCCGUGGGGCCGCGGCCGGACAUGCCGCUCAUCCCAGGCUUCGCUCUCUCGCCCUUGGGAUGCGAGACCUACAUCCCGUCAAUCGCCACGUCGUAGCUUCCCCCCGGCAGCGCCUUCGUCCGGCCUCCUAUCAUCUCCUUUUCUCAAGAUUCUCAGCUUUCUCCUGACUUCCGUCUGCGUCUCUGUUUAAUUUAUUGGGUCCUUUGGAAUUCUGUUUUCCCAGAAGCAGCUCGCCCUAUGUCGUAACCCCUAAUCCUUCUGCGAGAAAGCAGACAUCAGUCAUCGAACAGUAGUAUAGAAAAUUUGCUCAUUACGUAUGUUCUAAUACACUGAAUAGUUUUAGAUUUUAUUACACAUUUAUUUAUUGCUGAUUGAUUGUGUUUACUACAUUGGUAUUUAUAAUCCCUUGUAUGUGUAGUUUAUGUGUGUUUGUGUGUGUACUUAUAUGCUGUGAUACCUUAUUUAUUUUCAUAUGAACGUAUUUAUGAAGGUCAGAAUAAAAUAAAAUAAAA